UUCGUUAUGUGUUUAAUGACGUCAGUGGCUGAUCAACCAGCAAUCCAAUCCGCGCCUUCGUCUUGGUUUAUUGUCGGAGCAUCACGGGCGGAGCGGUGCGCGGGCAUUAAGCACGAGCGAAAACUCCUCAGAGCGGUGCCGGGCUACAAACCGAGCGCAUCCGCACGUUGGCACCGCCCACCUCACCGUGUCCUGCUCUCUGAUUGGUCCAGCGCGCAGGACGGGAAACUGCAGCCGUUUGAAUUUGAAUUGUGGUCCGCUCGUCUCGCUGAGCCCCCCCCAUCGACCCCCGGCAGGCGGCGGCGGCGGUUCCGGCCGGGGGCCAAGGCCCUCAUGGAGAUCAGGAAGUACCAGAAGAGCCACACUCUGCUGCUGAGGAAACGCCCCUUCGCCCGCCUGGUGAGGGAGGUGUGUGAGUCCUACUCCGGGAAGAGCCUCCGGUGGCAGGUGUUGGCCCUGAUGGCUCUACAGGAGGCGGCCGAGGCCUUCCUGGUGAUGAUGUUGGCCAACGCCAACCUGUGUGCGAUCCACGCCAAGCGCGUCACCCUGUUCCCCCGCGACCUGCAGCUGGCCCUGCGGCUCCGCGGCAUGGAUAUGUGACCACGACCCCCAGCCGGGGCCCCCUGCUGGGCAUCCUGGGCCCCCUGUUGCUCUUCGUAGCAUGUAAAUAUAUUGUGUUUGUUGUUUUAUUGGUCAAUAAAGUCUUGAAGGAACUGCA